AUGGUCGCCAGUAGUGCUGCAGGACAGAAACUUCUAUUCUUCUAUUGCUCCUUCACUUGUGUCUAUCUACCUGGAAUCUUAAUUCUCCUGAAAUUCAACAACAAUCUUUACAAUGUGGGAACAUAUAAAUUUAUGCCAAUUCUUUUGAUUCUCAUAUUGGCGGAAGUUGUAAAACUUUCAUUCUCCUUACUACUGCAAACGGAUCAACAAGUUUUAGUGAAAAAUGAAUCGCGAACGAAUCAAAAAUCACGGAAAUCCUGUUCAAAGGCAUUAAAAUCAGUGAUGAAAUUCUUCGUUAGCUCAUUAUUACUCUCAAUUACUUACUAUACGAUUAUUAUUCUAUUUGGAGCACCUGUACUUUCGCUUCGUGAAGAAACGAUAAUGUUGACAUUAACUUUAGUCACUUUAACAUUUGUGCCAGCGUGUUUACAUUUGGGAAUUGAUAAUGCUCUUGUACUUUUAUUUGGUGUGCCGUCAGAUAUUUUCGCCGAGUACAUUAAGACAAAUGUGAAAUUCACAUUGAUGGGCACGUGGCUUGGAGCGAUUGCGAUUCCUCUUGAUUGGGAUCGUCCUUGGCAAGCGUGGCCAAUUCCCUGUGUCACUAGUGCUCUAAUUGGAUAUACUUUAGCGCAUUUUUUCACUCUCGUUGGCAUGCUACCGAUUAUGAAGAAUGCCAAAGCCAAAUUUUAUCGAUAG